AUGCCCUCGGGCUUUGGGUUCGAGGGAGUCAACUCUCCUGAAGCGUAGGGACUGCUGGGGGACAGCUGUGGAAAAGUAAGCAGGGAUGGCAACGAGGCUGGGAUGCUUGCGAGCGCGGGUUAUAAGCGCGGGAAUCGCGCGUCAUUCCCCUGCCUCCCCCGCCGAGUUCCGGGAUGGUCCACGCCAGCAGCGCGCGAGGCUUGAAGAACAGGACGUGGCGCGCCUCUGUCAGGCAGCUUCCCGUUAGCGCGGCCCUAUGGAUUCUCAGCGGGCUGAGGCCCGCGCUUUGGAAGCCGAGAUCACCGCUUUGAGGCGGGCGUGCGUGGAGCCGCCGGCGCCCGGGGAAGACACCUUCCGAGUUCGAAAAUCAUUUCGAGAAAUAUACCAAGCAGAUUCUGAAGGAUGGGAAUUGUCAAAAGAUCUGAGAAGUCAUCUUGGACAUUUAGAAUCAGAACUUCAGUUUCUAAGUACGCUUACUGGCAUCAGUAUAAGACAUUACUCCAAGAAGACAGAGGACCUAACGAGCACUGAGAUGACAGAAAAGAGUAUAAAGAAAGUUCUGCAGAGACACAGAUUAUCAGGAGAUUGCCACAUGAUUACGUUUCAACUUGAAUUUCAGCUUCUGGAAAUCCAGAAUGAGGAGAGUUUAUCUUCUGUUAUUACUGACCUCAGCAUAAUAAUGGAACCCACCGAAUAUUCAGAAUUAAGUGAAUUUGUGUCUAGAGCAGAAGAAAGAAGAGAUUUGUUUAUGUUUUUCCGAAGCCUACACUUCUUUGUGGAAUGGUGUGAAUAUCGUAAGCGCACAUUUAAACGUUUCAAGGAAAAGUACCCAGAGGCUGUGCACCUUUCAGAGGGGGCCUCCUCCAGCUGCAUGGGCAUCAGGAGCCCCAGCCGACCAGGGUUUGAACUAGUAAUUGUUUGGAGGAUACAAAUAGAUGAAGAAGGGAAGGUUUUGCCAAAGCUGGAUCUUCUCACCAAAGUGCCACUGCAAGCCCUGGAACUGGACAAGAACGGAGUCAUAGAGACUGCUCCUCUCAGCUUCCGAACCCUACUGGGCGUGCUGGGCAUUGAAGCCACUCUGGAAAGUCUGAUUAAAUCACUUCACACAGAGGCAAGCAACUAGUUCCCAAACAGUGAACAACUACACGUAGAAGUAAGAUGCUGCACCUGGAGGCAUGUGAUUUUAUUGAAUAUAAAAAUUUGCUCUUUUCCACUUAGAAACCUUACCUCUAGAACAUGCUUAUGCAGUUAUGGCACAUUAUAUAUAAGUUGUCAGGACAUGAAAAAUAAAUAGUUAUUUAAAUUCAAAAUACCAAACAAGUGACACAUAUAGUGUAUUUU